CAUCAUCUUCCAUGUCUGACACAUACGAAGAAGAACUCAAAUCCAAAGAAAAUGGCAGCUGCUUCUCUUCCACCCAAAUCAAUUUUCCCUCUUUCGAGAAACCCAUCAUCAAUCCCUCCAACCCAUUUCUCCAAACGUUCAUUCUCUAAUCUCCCCUUACAAGACCAAUCUCUCUCCACCACCAAAAGAUCUCCAUCCCAAUUCCGCCUCAAUUCCACCAAGAAAAACCCAUGGCUCGACCCUUUCGACGACGGGGAAGACACAAAUAUGGAAUACGGCGAAUAUUACUCCGACGGAAAGCAAGAAGAAAACCCUAGACCACCCGAUGACCCAAAUAGCACACGUGGGUUCCUUAAAUUCCCCAAGGGUUACAGCGUCGAGGUCGCCUCUGUGGGUCUUAAGGUAAGGGGAGAUGUCCGGCGAUGCUGCUGCGUUAUUUCCGGUGGUGUUUACGAGAAUCUGCUGUUUUUUCCGGUGAUUCAGCUUAUCAAGGAUAGAUAUCCUGGAGUUCAGGUAGAUAUUAUUGCUUCGGAUAGAGGUAAGCAAACGUAUGAACUUAAUAAGAAUGUCAGAUGGGCUGAUGUUUAUGACCCAGAUCUGGAUUUCCCUGCUCCUGAAGAUUAUACUGACAUGAUUGGAAUUUUGAAGGGUAGAUACUAUGAUAUGAUCCUGUCUACAAAACUGGCCGGACUUGGCCAUGCAGCGUUCUUAUACAUGUCAACUGCUCGUGAUAGAGUUAGCUACAUUUACCCUAAUGUAAACUCUGCCGGAGCUGGAUUACUUCUGUCUCAAACAUUUACCUCAAAUAGCAUGAACCUGUCUGAAGCAGGAUAUAACAUGUAUCAAGAAAUGGCUGAUUGGUUGGGGAGACCAUUUAGAAGUGUUCCUAGACAGCCUGUUCUUCCUUUGCAAGUUUCCAUUUCUAGGAAGGUGAAGGAUGCGGUUGAAGCUAAGUAUAGAGAUGCGGGAGCAGAGAAGGGAAAGUUUGUUGUUCUUCAUGGAUUACAAUCCGAUUCGAAGGCAUCUAUGCAGUCUAGAGGAGAUAAAGAUAGCUUAUUGUCUAUUGAAGUAUGGGCUGAAAUUGCAUAUUCAAUUAGUAGGGAAUUUACUCCGGUUUUUGUGAUCCCACACGAGAAAGAAAGGGAAAACGUGGAAGAUGUUGUAGGAGACGACGCUAGCAUUGUCUUUGUUACUACUCCCGGCCAGCUUGCUGCUUUAGUUAACGACUCGAUUGGGGUGAUUGCUACUAAUACAGCCGCUAUUCAAUUUGCAUUUGCGCGUGGCAAGCCCUGGUCGGUUUCUUGAAUUGUUUUUUGGGCAAAUGACUUUUUUUUUUAAAUGACAUCAUGAUGGUUUGUUUUUGUUCAGUAUUGGGUUGUUUGGUUCAAAAGAGAAAGGGGAGUUAUUUGUGCCAAAUGCAGAGGAACGAAAAUGUACAGUUAUUGCUUCGAAGACAGGCAAGUUGGCAGAUAUCGAUGUUAAAACUGUGAAAAGAGCAGCCCAAAUGUUCAAAAGGUCUCUGGCUUUGGCAUGAAGGAUUGGACGAUUAAAUGGAUGGGAAAUCGACUUCAUUUUGUCGAGUAUGUUUCAGUUGUACAGUUGAGUGUAAGUAAGAGCAACUCCACAAUCAAUCAAUUGUCUUUCUAAUUUAGAAGAAAUGUGUCAGAUUAAGAGGUAAUAUUGUUUACAAACCAUAUAUGUUAUAUAUGUUAGUUGAAUUGGAAAAUCAAGAUUCAUGUUUGUUUUUAUUAGUAAUUGCUUUUAAUAAAGUCACAACUAAAGUAG